AUGGCAAUUGACGGCAGUGAGCGGCCGGCCGUGCCCGCCACAUCGAACGAGAUUCCUCCCCAGAAGGUGGAGAACGACGGCGAUGAGAAGGCCGAGCCGGAGAGAUUUAAUGCCGAGGAGGAGGCUGCAAGUAGCCCUAGGCCCCUGAUCACAGGCAAAGAGUGGCUAACAGCCUGGCCUCACACAAACACGCUGUUCUCCUCUGGCAAGUACGAGAUCGCCAUUAACAAGUAUGACGAGGCCGUCGCCGUGUGCCCUGACUACCUGGAUUACGAACUGGCUGUGCUUCGGUCCAACAUUGCCGCCUGCCACUUGAAGCUGGAAGAAUGGAAGGAUGCCGUCAACAACGCCACCACUGCGCUCGACGGAUUGGACCGGUUGGAGCAGCAGGAAAAGGAGAAGGAGAACGAGAAGGGAAGCGAGAAAGAGGACGAGAAGGCCCAAGUCAACGAACCCGACGCUGCCAAGGCCGAUGACGCCGAGGAAGAGAUCAUCAGUGCCGGCGCUGCCAAAGCCGGCCCAGCCCUCACCACGAACCCGGAUGAUGAGUCAAGGGAGGCGGCCCGCCGGAAACGCCAAGACGACAUCGCGAGGAUACGUGCCAAGGCCCUGAUGAGGCGAGCGCGCGCGAGGAGCGAGCUCCGCGGCUGGUCGAACCUGGAAGGCGCCAUUGAAGACUACAAACGCCUGGCUAGCAUGGCGAACCUGGCGACGGCUGACAAGAUGGUUGUGCAAGCGCAGCUUCGGGCGUUGCCGCCCCUCGCUAAGGCCGCCCAGGAGAAGGAAACGGCCGAGAUGUGGUCAAAACUCAAGGAGCUCGGGAACGGGCUGCUCAAGCCGUUUGGGAUGAGCACAGACAACUUCCAGAUGGUGAAGGAUGAGAAGACGGGCGGGUACAGCAUGAACUUUCAGGGCGGAGGGGGGAGUUCCCUUGGGCCUCAGGAUGGCUUUCGUUUCGUUCCUUCAGUCGAGGACUCGAGGCAACGAAAGACAGAGAAAAACGUCACUAUGGACGUCGAUACGGACAUGGGCAUGGUCCCCAUGGCCCCCCAGCAAAUGGGUACUGCUCGCACAGGCGCAACAAUUCUAUGCUGUAACUGCGGCGCCCCCAUCGACGGCACUGCCUCUGCCGGCGCUCUCUGCUACGACUGCAUCAAAUCGACCGUCGACAUCUCACAAGGCAUCCCACGCGAAGGCACCCUACACGUCUGCCGAGACUGCGACCGAUGGCUGAUGCCGCCCGCCAGCUGGGUGACAGCUACUCUCGAAUCAAGAGAACUGUUGUCGCUAUGCCUUAAACGCCUACGAAACUUGGGCAAAGUCAGAAUUAUCGACGCCCGCUUCGUCUGGACAGAGCCCCACUCGCGCCGCAUCAAAGUCAAGAUCACGGUUCAGGACGCGGUUGCCGACGGCGUUAUGAUGCAGCAGAGCUUCGAGGUAGUCUACGUGGUGGCCAACCAGCAAUGUAAGGAUUGCGCAAAGUCGUAUACCGCCAACGUCUGGCGGGCCGCCGUGCAGGUGCGCCAGAAGGUCACCCACAAGAGGACAUUUCUUCUGCUAGAGCAAUUGAUCCUUAAGCACCAGGCGCAUAGGGACACAAUAAACAUCAAGGAGGAGAGAGAUGGCAUCGACUUCUACUUUGCCCAAAGGAAUCAAGCCGAAGCCUUCAUCCACUUCCUCAAAUCCGUGGUCCCAGUUCAUACAAAAGAGUCGAGGCAUCUCAUUUCCGCCGAUACCCACACGGGAAACAAAUCCUACAAGUACAACUAUUCCGCCGAGCUUGUCCCAGUUUGCAGAGACGACUUGGUGGCCCUGCCCCUGAAGAUCGCAAAGUCCCUCGGCAACAUCUCCCCGCUGUUGCUCUGCUGGAGGAUAGGCACGUCCGUCAACCUUCUCGACCCAAAUACCCUCCAGACGGCCGAACUCAGCGCCGACGCCUACUGGCGCGCACCAUUCGCCCCGUUAGCGGGAUCCCCCGAAAUGGUCGAAUUCGUCGUCAUGGACAUCGAGCCCACGAAGCAGCGCAAGGGCAAGUGGGUGCUCGGCGAGGCGACGGUCGCGCGGGCGUCGGACCUCGGCGUCAACGACAACACCUACUUCGCGCGGACGCACCUCGGCAGCCUGCUGCACCCGGGCGACUCGGUGAUGGGGUACAUGCUGUCGGGCACCAACUUCAACUCGGACUCGCUCGACGCCAUCGAGAACUCGCGCGCGUACGGGUCCACCAUCCCGGACGUGGUGCUCGUCAAGAAGCACUACGCCAACCGCCGCAAGAACAAGCGCCGCAACUGGAAGCUCAAGCGCAUGGCCAAGGACGAGGGCGAGCUGCUGCCCAAGGCCGCCGACCAGGCCCGCCUCGACGCCGACAAGAAGAAGCAGCCCCAGGACGCCGAUGCCAUGAGCAUUGCCGAGACCGAGAUGACGGUCGAUGACGACGGGCCCAAGGUCAGCAUGGACGAGCUGCUGGAUGACUUUGAUGAGUUGGAGAUAAAGGACGAGGAGCAGGAGGAGGCUUGA